AUGUGGGCUUUCAUGGAGGGCUGGUUCACGCCCAGUUCUCUCUUCAUCUUCCUCAACCUCGUGAUCGGUACCAUCGUCCUCACCUCCCGUCUCGGCUUCCCCAGGCAGCAGCCCCCCCAUCACCAUCUCGGGUCCUCCUCCGACUCGCCCCCGCUCGCCCGCGCUCCUUCCCUCCUCGACCGCGUCAGGUCCAUCGACUUCUCUCUAUACAAGUUCGGCCACCCCGCCGGCGGAUACCCGGAGCCGGACGCCGUCCACUACGAGCAUUCUUACCCGGAGCACGAUUUCGCCCGCCGGGCCGAGUCGCCCCCGCUCGCCCGCGCCCCGUCCCUCCUCGACCGGCUCAAGUCCAUCGACUUCUCUCUCUACAAGUUCGACCAUCCCGCUGGCUAUCCCGAACAGGACCCCGUCCCCGUCCAAGGCUCGUACCCGGAGCCACAGUCCUCCCACCCAGUGGAAUCGCCGCCUCUCGCCCGAGCGCCUUCCCUCGUCGACCGGCUCAAGUCCUUCGACUUCGACUUCGCCUUCUACAAGUUCCAAGCGCCAAGCUACGCCCAGCCGCAAGCUGAUCACGACGAACAUUCAUCGGAACAGGAAUACGCGGACCGAGUCGAGCCGCCCCGGCUCGCCAGAACCCCAUCUCUCCUCGAGCGACUCAAGUCCAUCAAUUUCUCUUCCUUCAACAGAUCGAGCGAGCCCGACCCGGACGCAGAUGCGCUUCACCACCUCGGAGUUGACUCUGAUUCUGAAGACGACGACGACGACUCAGUUCCCUACGCUGACGCUGAUCGGGCCCCUCAGGACCAUCUAGUGAGGAGGAUCAGGUCAGACUCGAAGAUAGCCUCCCCUGGCGAGGCUACGGCGAGGCUCCCCGCGAAGAUGAAGAAGUCGGCCAGCGAGAGGUCGGCGUUCGGGCACUUCGAGGAGGACGACUUCGUGGAGCGCCGGAGGACCGAGACGGCGAGAGAGGGCAAGAAAAAGAGCGGCGCUGCGGCGGCGGCGCCGUUUGAGGAAGAAGGACACGAGAUCGACGCGAAAGCCGACGCCUUCAUCAACCGGUUCAAGCAGCACCUGAAGUUGCAGAGGCUCGACUCGCUCCUGAAUUACAGGGAGAUGCUGAACAGAGGCGCUUCGUGA